UGAAGAUUAUAGCCACGAUCCCUAAACUGGAGUAUAUAGUCAAUGUGGUACUGCAGCAGCGGAACGCUUAAACAACAUGAUGGUGUUACCAGUGCGCGCAAUUACAACAGAGUCCACAGUGUCAGCUCCCACACCAUCGGUGUCACAGCCUGAUGGCAGUAAGAGUGUGUGUUCCAUAUGUGCAGACAGAGCCACAGGGAAGCAUUAUGGUGCAUCAAGCUGUGACGGCUGCAAGGGCUUUUUCAGGAGGAGUGUCCGCAACAACCACAUGUACGACUGUCGGUUUAACAGGCAGUGUAUUGUGGACAAAGACAAACGGAACCGCUGUCGUUACUGCAGACUUCGAAAGUGUUUCCGAGCUGGAAUGAGGAAAGAAGCCAUUCAAAAUGAGAGAGACUGUAUCAGUGGACACAGACUGAAGGGGCAGACAGCAGGCUCUCUGUCAGUCAGUGUGCUGCUGAAGGCGGAGACCAGUGUGCUUCAGGUUCCAGUGCUGGUAUCACAUGUGAAUUAUGACAUCAACACCAAGAAGACAGCAUGUGUGGGACAUGUAUUCGAGUCCAUGAAACACCAACUCCUCCUGCUGGUAGAAUGGGCAAAAUGCAUCCCAGAGUUUUGUAAUCUUCCAGUCGAUGACAGGGUAUCCCUGUUAAGAAGCCAUUCUGCAGAGCAUCUUAUUCUCGGAGUGGCUAGAAGAUCUCUGCCUUACAACAAUCUCAUCCUUCUAGGUAAUGACUUUGUGAUCCCACUGCAAUGUGCAGAGGUAGAGGUGUCCAGAGUGGCCUUCCGAAUCCAAGAAGAGCUUGUCAAGCCACUUAGAGAGCUGGACAUCACAGACAAGGAGUUUGCGUGUCUCAGAGCCAUUGUCUUCUUUGCCCCAGACUGUCCAGGAUUAGGGAGUCCGCAAGUGGUGCGGCAUCUGCGUUUUCAAGCCCACAUGUUGCUUGAUGAAGCAACCUGUGAGCAACGGGGACGGUUUGGGGAGAUUCUGCUGAUUCUGCCAACCCUGCAGAGUGUAGCCUGGCAGAUGGUGGAGACCCUCCACCUGGCACAGCUGCUGGGUGAAGCCAGAAUGGACAACCUGCUGCAGGAGAUGCUGCUGGGCAAAGGAAUCAACACGGGACAUGAGUCUCGCACAGCUUCUCAUUUUCCUUCAGUCCAUGUCCUGACUCAUGAAGAGCAAAAUCUGCAAGGACCUUCAUCUGCCAAUAACACUGCUAUUAUCUCCACAUAAAAGGAGAUGUACACAUUUUCAGUGGAAGACAAUGAAUUUUCAAGUGUAAAGUUUCAACACUGAUGUCAAUCUGUCUCACACAGCUCUUGCAAGCGGCUUCCCUGCUGUCCACACAGACUGGACCUGAGGUGCACACACA